AUGGGGGGCCCCUCCCAGCGUCGUUCCUGGGCGGAUCUGGCGGAGGGCGAGCUUCGGGCGGAGGCUGCCGACCUGCAGUGGGAAGAUGUCCUCGGCCGUGGUCCUGUGGAGCGUGUGGCUCUCAGUGACUCGGAGGACUAUCCCGAUUCUGAUGUGCCCGAGUCGCCGCCGCCGCCGCCGCAGGGGAAGGGGAAGAAUGUGAUGGAGACUGCUGGUAAGCGUCAGCGGGCGCGUCGUCAUCGUCACAGCAAGCGCCGCACGGAGGGAUUCAUGGCGGCCGUGCGACGUUCCCACCCGGCCGUGGUGCCUGAUCUGCCGCCCCCACCGCCGCGGCGUGCUCUGGUCCGGGGCGGGAGGUCCCCGCCGUCGCACCCUGCGCGGCCUCGGGGACAGCCGGACCGGGAGGGGUUCUUCCAGGUGCGUUCUAGGCGCUGCGACAGGCGCCACAGUCCUCCAAGGUCGCCGCCGAGACCCGUCCCACCGGAGCUGGAGGGCUUGUGCUUCAACUGCCUCCAGCCGGGCCAUGUCAAGGCGCAGUGCCGCGCCAGGCCGAGAUGCUACAACUGUUGGGGCGAGGGCCACCACGCUGCGAGCUGUCCACUCCCCCGCUCCUCGGCUGUUGGGGUGAAGCGUGGCCGCUCCCUGCGGCGGUCUGGGGAUGCUCGCCGGGUCGCGCCGCGACGCCCGGAUGGUGCGCGCCAUCGGCCCAACUCGGCGGACACCGUCUCCGGGGGUUCGUUGUCAGCAGGGCGGUCCACGUCGGUGCCUUACUGCUGUCGGCAUCCAUCGCCACCGGCUGCGCCGUCGCCGCCCCCACCACCUCCGCCUCCACCUCCGCCGCCUCCGCCACCUGUCUUCCAGCCCGCCGCCGGCACCAGCUCGGAGUUUGACAGGGGCUCCAGAAACCUUGCCGACCCUGCUAUUCGGGACCCGCGCGCGCCCACGGUGGUUAUCCCGCGUUCCAGGGAGAUCCAGGCGGCCGAGGAUGCGCUUGAGCUGGCCCUGGUGGGCCUGGUGGGGGGCACCAGGCUGGUGGUUUCUACGACCACAGUCUACAGCUUCCUCUACUCUGAGUUUGAGCUUACGAUGAACGAUGUGGAGUUGCGGCGGCACCACCCGGAAGAUUUCAUCGCACGUUUCCGCCGGCGUGCGGACCGUGACCGUGUCCUUGCUUCGCGGCCGGGUGGAUACCUUCUGCCCCUCACCUGGAGACCUUGGCAACGAACUUCACUGGCCACUGCAGAAAGCUUCAAUUUUCAGGUGGUUGUGGGCAUGCUGCGUGUACCGCUUCACGCGCGCAAUGUGGCUACUGCCCAGAUCAUCAUGGGCCCUUCUUGCUCGGGGAUUGAAAUCACAAGGCUUCGAGACAUACCUGAUGACGACGACCGAGAAUUCUUUGUCAAGGCAUGGUGCAAACAUCCGGAUCUCAUCGAAGACGAGCAGACCAUCUCAAUUCCGGAGCCUGUUUUGCCUAUUGCAGCUAUGGGCAAUCCUGCCCCGCCACGCCUCUUGCAGUACCAGGUGGGCGAGUUCAGAUGCCCCUGUGCGCCGGAGGUCGUUGCUCGGCACACUGAUGUUGAUGGCACGCGCAAGGAGUCUGUGGAGGCUCCCGAGUGUUGGGAGAUGAUGUCUGCACCGCGUACUCCUUGGACGCGGGCAUCAAAUUUUACGACGGUCAACACUCCAUCACCGUGGAUUGAUAGGCAGCUGGGCUCCCCUACCACCGGCGUCGUGGCGCGGUUCCUGAACGUCGCGCCACUGCUCCUCCACGCGGGUGUUUCAACACUCGAACCUGUACAUGUUGAUCAGGACUGGUGGGCUGAUCUGGCGGUGACUGAGCUUUCAAAUGAUGUCAGUGCUCAAGCGUGUGUUGGUCAGGAGGGGGCCACUUCCGGGUCGACCUCGAACUCGGUGGACUGGUGGGCGGACCUGAUUGAGGCUGAACUUGUCUCCAGCACAUAUGUUGCGGCCAGCCCAGUUGUUGAUGGGGCUGGACUUCAUGAGGAGGAUGAGAGCGCUGUGGAGGAACCUGUUUCUGUAGUGGAUGCGGCCAAUGAUGCGGCCACUGAGACCAAACUCUCCAGCUUAUGUAAUUUGCUUGCGAAUGAAAUUCUAGGACCUACUUUCGAUUAUGACUUCCUACCCGCGACUGGGGCGGCUGGCGGGAUCUUACUGGCCUGGGUUAGGGACGAUUGGGUUGUCUCUGAUAUUAACAAGGGACGCUUCGCCAUCUCAGCUCGCUUUCAGAAGAGGGGUGCCACGUCGACGCCAUGGUGGCUAACUGGGGUCUAUGGACCGCAGGAAGACGCCCAGAAGGUCGAGUUCUUGGCGGAGUUGAGGCAAUUCCGUGACACUUCGCCUGGGCCAUGGUUAAUAUGUGGAGAUUUCAACAUGAUUUAUCGUGCCCAGGACAAGAACAACGACAGGCUUGAUCGUCGAAACAUGGCAAGAUUUAGAAGAUUCAUUGACAGUGUACAGGUGCAAGAAAUCAACAUGGUUUGCAGAUCUUUUUCCUGGUCUAAUCACAGGGACAGACCAACGUUCGAGCUGCUGGACAGGGCCUUCACCUCUGUAGGCUGGCUUACUGAGUUCCCCUCACACACUCUAAGGCCUCUGUCCUCUGAAUGUUUUGACCACUGCCCGCUGCUGCUCACGAUCAUUGCGUUCUAUGAUGUCCAGCGCCGUUUCCGGUUUGAGACUUUCUGGACAAAGAUACUAGGCUUUUCUGGUGUGGUGGAGAGUGCCUGGUCUUCAACGGUUGAGGGGGCUGAUCCAUUUCGAAGAUUAGACCAAAAAUUUCGCAAGGUUGCCAUUGAGCUACGUCGAUGGAGCAACUCCAAGGUGGGUAGCAUUCGGCUGCAGCUUGCUGUGGCUCGCGAGCUCAUAUUCCGGUUUGAUGAAGAGCAGGAGAGGCGGAAUCUGCAUGACUGGGAGCUAAACAUGUACAGGUCCCUCAAGGCCAAGACCUUGGGCCUGGCCUCGCUCGCGCGGACAAUCACAAGGCAGCGCUCUAGGAUCCUUUUCCUGAGGGAGGGUGAUGCCAACACGAAGUUCUAUCAUUUGCAAGCCUGCCAUCGGCGGAGGCAGAACAGGAUUGACACACUUCGGGUACAGGGGGCCCAGGUUGUCUCCGAUAUAUCCAUGAGUCAGGCUCUCUAUGAUUACUAUAAUGGGCUUCUGGGAACCAACUUUGAGAGGUCCAGAGUUGCCAACUUGCCAUCGGCCUUCGCCGACAAAUGCAUCCUGCAGAAAGGAAGCCACGUCUUCGUUGACGUGGCCGACGUCCCCGGACCUGGAGUUGGCAAGGAUCCAAUGGCGGUGGCUGCCGGAGCUAUGGAUCACGCUGAUUCAAGCGUUGGCUCUAUAGCUCUCGAAUCGCGCAUCCGAGGAGGAGGAGGAUGGCUGUUCUCCGGCCAGCUAGCCUAG